AUUCAUACGGAGUAACUUACAUAGUUACCCUUGCUCUCCGUUUUAUUUUCAUAUCUGGCGAUUUUUACGAGAAGAGCGACUUCCGAAUUCUUGACCGUUGAAAUAAAUUUAACCUGAAUGGAUAUUUCCUCUGUGUAUAUAAAGUAACUCCGUAAAUUAUCAGUGGCUAGAAGUUCUGAUGAUUCCCAGCCGAGGCACAGUUUUUCCGCUGCCCGGCAAACCGUCGUCAUUCUGCGGUUAACUUAUAUAACAGAUCUCACAGUUAGUUAACUAUAUGGGGCCAUUCAUUCUCGUCCCUUGGAAUUAUAAGGAAUUAUAAGUAAGGGAGUAAUUAAAGAAGAAAAAUAUCGGAUUGGUAAAAAAGAAAAAGUGCACUAACCAUUUAAAUAUCUAUCCACAUGCUCGCAUUCUAUUCUCUUCUUGUACUAUUUAACUACUUCUUCCACUCUUUAAUUUCCUCGCCUUAUCCCCCCCCUUGCCAACGACGGCGAGACCUCAGCAUAUAUAUAAUUCGCCCACAAAUCUAAACUCCCCCUGAAAUUAUAAUAUACGUGGAAAGCCUGCAAACAUGUCCCAGCCGGUACCCAGAGAGCAGCAAAAGGCAGUUGUUGCCGCCGCCGCGCAACAGAGUGAUAACAUCGCCCAUGCCCUCGCAGGCGCCGGAGGUGGCAUCCUCUCCAUGAUCUUAACCUACCCUCUAAUUACACUCUCCACCCGCGCCCAAGUAGAAUCCAAGCGCGCCCAAUCCUCCGCCCUCGAUGCCAUCCGCCACAUAAUCGCCCGCGAGGGCAUCCGCGGCCUCUACGCUGGCCUUGAAUCCGCCCUCUUCGGCAUCUCCGUCACCAACUUCGUCUACUACUACUGGUACGAGUGGACCCGCUCCGCCUUCGAGAAAGCCGCCGUCAAAGCCGGCCGGGCGUCCAAGAAACUCACCACGGCCGAGUCCAUGAUCGCCGGCGCCAUCGCGGGCAGCGCGACCGUGCUGCUCACCAACCCGAUCUGGGUGGUGAACACGCGGAUGACGGCGCGCAAGUCCUCGGAGGACAAGGACGGGCUCCCCGGCGGCGGUGCUACGGCGGGCGAGGCGAAGCCCAAGUCCAAGUCGACGCUGGCGACGCUGAUGGAGCUGCUGCGCAAGGAAGGGCCGGCGGCGCUCUUCGCUGGCGUCCUGCCCGCGCUGAUCCUGGUCAUCAACCCGAUUCUGCAAUAUACGUUCUUCGAGCAGUUGAAGAAUGCGCUUGAGCGGCGCCGCCGCAUCACGCCUACCGACGCCUUCUAUCUAGGGGCCCUGGGCAAGUUGCUGGCGACCACCAUUACGUACCCGUACAUCACGGUCAAGAGCCGGAUGCAUGUUGCCGUGAAGGAGGAGAAGUCGGGCCAGAAGGCGAGCUUGAAUGAGAGUAUGAUGCGCAUUGUACGGGAGGAGGGCUGGGGUGGGCUGUAUAGGGGCAUUGGACCCAAGGUCAGCCAGAGCGUGCUCACCGCCGCGUUCCUGUUUGCAUUUAAGGAUGUUCUGUACGAUAGUAUGGUCUCCCUCCGCCGACGGAGCUUGCGCAAAUGAUUCAGGUAACAGAUAUUGGAUCUCCAGGACGGGAAAAUCCGUAUCACUUCAGAAAGCAAUGAGGCAUACUUGCUUUAAGGUAACUAACUGACUAGGCAUAUAUGCCAGUGAUGGUCGCUGGCUUUUUAUUUUUGUUCCGUGCAUGCACUAUAAAACAGCAUAAUCUUCUUACAUUUCCCAUUCCCACCUGCUUCUACAUGUAUUUAUAUGUGGGAUAUAAAAUCGAUCUACACAAUUUGGAUUGCAGUCGAAAUUAUCUAUGAGAAGUUUGAGUUGGAUAUUUAUCUCAUUUGUCCUUUUUCUUUUUUUACUAUUAAUCUUUCUUUUCUCUUUCAUGUAUAUAACUAGGCGUGUUCAAUGAGGUUGUUAUAAAAUGAGAUCAUUUCAGUUUUCUAGACAGAAUGAUGUGAGGAAGAUUGAAUAUAUAUAUACAUAUAUUUGUCACUAAAUAUGCCAAC